AUGGCUCGAAAGUUCUUCGUCGGAGGAAAUUUCAAAAUGAAUGGCACGAUCAAGUCCAUCAAAGAAAUUGCUCACAAUCUCUCGACAGCGAAGCUCGAUCCCAACACUGAAGUCGUGGUCGCGCCACCUUCGCUGUACCUCCUCCUUGCCCGUGAGCAUCUGUCGGAGAACAUCGAAGUCGCAGCUCAAAAUGUCUUUGACAAGCCCAGCGGCGCCUUCACGGGAGAAAUCUCCGUGCCACAACUGAAAGACAGCAACAUCACAUGGACUCUGCUAGGCCAUUCGGAGCGCAGGACCAUUCUCCGUGAAGAGGACGAGUUCGUGGCGUGCAAGACGAAGGCGGCCCUCGACGGCGGCAUUGGCGUCAUCUUGUGCUGCGGUGAGAGUUUGGAAGAAAGAGAGAAGGGCGUCACCGUCGAUGUCGUCACGAGACAAUUAGACGCCGUCAACAAGUCCAUUGGCAAGGACGGCUGGAAGGACGUUGUCAUUGCGUACGAGCCCAUCUGGGCCAUUGGAACCGGCAAGGUUGCCACCACCGAGCAAGCUCAGGAGGUGCACGCCGCCAUCCGAAAGUGGUUGGCUGAUGCUGUCUCUGCUGAGGUUGCCGAGAGCACCAGAAUCAUCUACGGCGGCAGCGUCAAUGCAGGCAACUGCAGAGAACUCGCCAAGCAGCCUGACGUCGACGGCUUCCUUGUUGGCGGUGCCAGUCUUAAGCCCGAGUGUAGGUGUCUGCUGAAUCACAAAUGCAGAUGA